CGGGGGCUCCGUGCCGGAAGCGGCCGUUCCUGGGUUGUGUCUGUUUGCACCAGAGCGGAGGAGAUGCUCGGGGAGUCCGGGCGGAGUGAGCUGGAGGACGGCUAAGAGAGAGAGAGGGGGCGCCGCGUGGAGCCGGCGCUGGGGCGGCUGGGCCCGCAGUCAGACCAUGAGCUACCCCAGGCCCUGGGGGGAAUGGUUCCUGAACCUGCGGGUGCCCCCCGCCGGGGUGUUCGGCGUGGCCUUCCUGGCCCGGGUGGCCCUGGUGUUCUACGGUGUCUUCCAGGACCGGACCCUGCUCGUGAGGUACACCGACGUGGACUACCAUGUGUUCACGGACGCCGCGCGCUUCGUCACGGAAGGGCGCUCCCCUUACCUGAGGGCGACGUAUCGCUACACCCCGCUGCUGAGCUGGCUGCUCACCCCCAACGUCUACCUCGGCGGCCUCUUCGGCAAGUUCCUCUUCAUCAGCUGCGACCUCCUCACCGCCUUGCUCGCGUACCGCCUGCUGCUGCUCAGGGGGCUGGGGCGCCGCCAGGCCUGUGGCUACUGCGUCUUCUGGCUGCUGAACCCCUUACCCAUGGCGGUGUCGAGCCGGGGCAACGCCGACUCCAUCGUCGCCUCCCUGGUGCUGGCGGCCCUGUACCUGGUGGAGAGGCGGCUCAUCGCGUGUGCCGCGGUGUUCUACGGGUGCGCGGUGCACAUGAAGAUGUAUCCGGUGACCUACAUCCUCCCCAUAGCCCUCCACUUGCGACCCGAGCGCGAGAGUGACGAGAGUCUCCGGCAGGCCCGCUACUCUUUCCAGGCCCGGCUGUACGACUUCCUCAGGAGGCUGUGUAGCUGGGCCGUGCUGCUCUUCGUGGCGGUGGCGGGACUCACGUUUUUGGCCCUGAGCUUCGGCUUUUACUAUAAGUACGGCUGGGAGUUUGUGGAGCACACCUACUUGUAUCACCUGACCAGAAGGGAUAUCCGCCACAACUUCUCGCCGUACUUCUAUAUGCUGUACUUGACUGCAGAGAGCAAGUGGAGUUUUACCCUGGGGAUUGCGGCAUUCCUGCCACAGUUCAUCUUGCUUUCGGCCGUGUCUUUUGCCUAUUACAGAGACCUUGUCUUCUGUUGUUUUCUUCAUACCUCCAUUUUCGUGACUUUCAACAAAGUGUGCACCUCCCAGUACUUCCUUUGGUACCUCUGCCUUCUGCCCCUGGUGAUGCCACUCGUGAGAAUGCCCUGGAAGAGGGCCAUAGUCCUCUUACUGUUGUGGUUUAUAGGGCAGGCCUUAUGGCUGGCUCCUGCCUAUGUUCUAGAGUUUCAAGGAAAGAACACCUUCCUGUUCAUUUGGUUAGCUGGCUUGUUCUUUCUUCUGAUCAACUGUUCCAUACUGAUUCAGAUUAUUUCCCACUACAAGGAGGAGCGCCUAAUAGAGAGACUCAAAUAUGACUAAUGUGUGUUCUGGAUCUUCUGCAACUUCGAUCGCAUCCUGAUGACUGUGUAUGGACGAGAAAAGCCUUGCAGGUUUUUCCUCCCUGAACAUUCUAAGCACUCCAGUGAAAGUUCCUUGGUUCCAAUAGAAAUUAAAACCAGUAUUGGCCUUCUAUGUAAAGGGGACCCGAUCAUCAAAGUCCAUCCUUUAGAAAGUCUUAGGACUCAUUUGUUUGAUGAAAAGUAAAGGUUUCUUGUUUGACCGUUGAAAAGCCGAUGAACCUAGAAGACAGUAGAGAAACAGACAAAAGGUUCCAGCAGUGUGUGUUCCUGCAGUGUGCCACUGCUGUACCUUCAACCCACCUUUUUGUCAUACAGUUCCCAAAGUACAGCAUUUUUACAUAUAGAGUAUUAACACUACCAUGCUUAAUUGGGAAAGUGUUAAAUUUUUGUAUUAAAUGUCGGGGCUUAGAGAUAAACAAUCCAAAGAAUUUAAAUUGUGAUUAUGGAUUUGUUUUGUAAUUCAGUUUUUCAGUGUUAGUACCAUUGGUAUUCAUUUUACACAAAAAGAUUAAAUUUAAACUCAUCCAUCUUUA